AGCCAUUGUACUGCCAGUGCGUGAAGAGGAUUUUUUUCUCGCCCUUCUCACAACAUCAGAUGAUAUAUCAGUGCUCGGCAGGUCGUCACUGACUGUCGGCCAAUUGUCAGGACGCCCUACCCCCGACCGCGCAGCGGAACCCUUCAGACCUCGGUCAGAAACUCGGUCUCGCUGGUGUAUUCUGGAACUCUCCUCCAAUUUCAGACAAGAUCGGGCUACGGUCAGCGAGUCCAGAUCGGUCCGGAGAAGGCUCCCGUGUCGAUAUACUCCACGUCCACAUAAAAUAGUAGGCUAAGGUCUACGCUUGUUCAAGUCUAGACACCAUCAGACCAUACAUCCCUCGCAUCGACCACCCAUGAUGGCAAACCAGGCCGAUUCUACUCGGCUCUUCCUCUUCGGAGAUCAAACUUAUGACUUUGUCCCAGAACUGCGAGAUCUUCUGGCAAUCCGCAAUAACCCUAUACUAGUGGCCUUCCUUGAACAGUCACACUAUGUUAUACGUGCACAGAUGAUCCAGAAGCUGACCCCGAAAGAGCACAAGCAAGCCCGAACGGCAUCCCUGGCAGAAGUACUGCAGAAGUAUGUCGACGGCAGGCUACCUUCGGCGUUUCAAACAGCGCUUUCAUGCAUUGCCCAACUGGGCUUCUUCAUGCGGCAAUUUGAUGACCCAGCCAUACCCUAUCCUCGCUUCAAUGACAGUUAUGUCCUGGGUGUCUGUACGGGAUCUCUGGCGGCGUCUGCCAUCAGCUGUAGCACUUCUCUAUCCGAACUUCUGCCAAUCGCGGUCCAGACCGUACUUGUUUCCUUCCGCCUCGGUCUCUGUGCUCAAGAAGUGCGUGACCGCUUGGAGAUAUCAGAUGUUAACCACACAAAACCAUGGUCGGUGGUGUCUGAUAUAUCACCCGAUGAAGCCGCUAUUGCCAUUGAAAGGUUCAGCAAUGAAAAGGCACUACCGAAUGUUCGCCAGCCUUGGAUUACAGCGACCUCCACCAAGAGCACAACCGUGAGCGGGAGCCCCGAUAUCUUGGCCGACCUAGCAACCCAACCACGACUGAAAGAUAGUAAGCGAUGGAUGGGAAUCCCGAUAUACGUCCCUGCACAUAACCCGCAUCUUUUCUCCUCCAAAGAUGUCGACAAUAUCCUUGAAACGACGAACGAAAGCUAUUGGAGUACGUAUGGCUCCAAAAUACCAUUCCUCUCCUCCGUGACCGGCAAGCUCGUAUGGGUACGCAACUACCGUGAUCUACUACAUCUCGCUCUUAAGCAAUGUCUUAUUGAACCUAUACGAUGGGAACUAGUUGAGACUGAGCUGCCGCGACUACUGAAGGCCCGGGGUGGUGUGAAUACUGUGUCAAUUGUCCCCCUUGCAACCACUCUUACGAAGAGUUUAUCGGCCGCUUUAACGUCGGAAGGAGUGACGGUUGGCGAAGCCCACAGUACAUCGGCUCAAAUACCCGAGCGGUAUAGUCACCGUCCAGGAUCCGACAGAAGCAAACUUGCGAUUGUUUCAAUGUCUGGUCGGUUUCCCGAGGCACCCUCCACGGAUUCAUUCUGGGAUCUGCUCUACAAAGGCCUUGAUGUAUGCAAGGAGGUCCCCCCACGUCGAUGGGAUGUGAAAACCCAUGUUGACCCAAGUGGAAAGGCUCACAACAAGGGAGCCACCCGUUGGGGCUGUUGGCUGGACUUUGCUGGUGACUUUGACCCGCGGUUCUUUAGUAUAUCCCCCAAAGAGGCACCGCAGAUGGACCCCGCGCAAAGGAUGGCGCUGAUGUCGACUUACGAAGCUAUGGAGAGGGGAGGUAUCGUGCCAGAUACAACACCCUCAACUCAACGCAACCGCAUCGGCGUUUUUCAUGGGGUUACCAGUAACGACUGGAUGGAAACGAAUACAGCGCAAAACAUUGAUACAUACUUCAUUACUGGUGGGAACCGUGGGUUCAUCCCGGGGCGUAUAAAUUUCUGUUUUGAAUUCUCGGGCCCCAGCUAUAGUAACGACACUGCCUGCUCCUCCAGUUUGGCGGCCAUUCAUCUUGCGUGCAACUCACUUUGGCGUGGUGACUGUGAUACAGCGGUGGCAGGUGGCACCAAUAUGAUCUUUACGCCUGAUGGUCACACUGGUUUGGAUAAAGGGUUCUUUCUGUCACGCACAGGCAACUGCAAGGCCUUCGACGAUGCGGCAGAUGGCUACUGCCGCGCAGAGGGAGUUGGCACCGUCUUCAUCAAACGUCUUGAAGACGCAUUGGCAGAUAACGACCCGAUUUUAGGCACCAUCCUCGACAUUAAAACGAACCAUUCGGCUAUGUCCGACUCGAUGACAAGGCCAUUCACCCCGGCCCAGAUCGACAACAUGUCGGCUGUGUUGAGCACGGCAGGAAUCAAUCCACUUGACCUUGGUUAUAUCGAAAUGCACGGUACCGGGACCCAGGUCGGCGAUGCUGUUGAGAUGGAGUCGGUUUUGACCCUCUUCGCUCCGAAUGAAACGUUCCGACCUCCUGAUAAACCGUUGUAUGUGGGAUCUGCCAAAGCGAACAUAGGUCACGGUGAGGGAGUCUCCGGGGUCACUAGUCUUGUGAAGGUUCUGUUGAUGUUGAAACACAACACCAUCCCACCGCACUGCGGUAUCAAACCAGGUAGCCGAAUUAACCGAAACUAUCCCGACCUACCUGCUCGAAAUGUGCACAUUGCGUUGGAGCCUAAGCCAUGGCCUCGUACUGAUACCCCAAGACGGGUUCUCAUCAACAAUUUUAGUGCUGCUGGGGGAAAUACCGCUGUCUUGAUUGAAGACGCCCCUAUCCGCGAUGCUCCAACGGCAUCGGACCCUAGAACGGACUACAUUGCUACCGUUUCAGGACAUGUAGGCAAAUCAGUGAAAACAAAUAUGGAGCGACUACGGAAUCAUUUGAAGAAUCGACCAGAUAUUAAUCCCGCGCAAUUGUCAUAUACAACCACCGCCCGCAGAUGGCAUCAUCUUCACAGAGUCAGCAUUACCGGCACAAACAUCGAGGAGAUUCUAUGCAACCUGGAAAGUGCCAUUGAGAGAGGCGAUGGAAUCAACCGCCCAAAGACCAAGCCUAAUGUUGUCAUUGCCUGCAGUGGACAGGGCUCGCAAUAUGCCGGAAUGGGCCAGCAGCUUUAUGAAGCAUACCCAACCUUUCGCUCCGAUCUCGAGCGAUUUGACCAAUUGGCUAGAACCUAUGGUUUCCCCAGCUUCCUUGACGUGUAUACCGCUCGACCGAUCGGUGAUCCCAUGGAGAACCUCCUCCCGGUGGUUUCCCAGUUGGCCCUGGUAAGCCUCGAAAUGGCUUUGGGGAAUCUCCUCAAUUCCAUGGGACUGAAGGCGAACGCCGUCGUUGGCCAUAGUCUAGGCGAGUACGCCGCGCUGUACCUUGCCGGUGUACUCUCUGCCUCUGAUACCCUGUAUUUAGUUGGAAAGAGGGCCGAAUUGCUUCAAGAGCGCUGCCAACGCGGAACUCACGCGAUGCUGGCUCUUCGUGCAUCACCAGGCGUUCUAGAGGAGGCUCUUGCUGAAUCCAACUGUGAAAUUGCCUGUCACAACGGUCCUAACGAUACUGUUCUUAGCGGACCACGAGAAGAAAUUACCAAUCUUCAGCAUUCCCUAUCAGCCAAGGGGAUCAAAGGGACUUUCCUUAUGCUCCCAUUUGCUUUCCACUCCGCACAGAUUCAGCCUAUCCUCGAAGAGUUUAAGGAUAUAGCUCGUGGCGUGAAGUUUCACAAGCCCCAGAUACCAAUUUUGUCGCCUCUUUUAAACAAGAUUGUCGACGAGGAGGGCAUUAUGAACCCGACAUAUCUCGCCCGCCAUUGUCGCGAACCAGUAAACAUGGUGCAGGUGCUGGAGCUUGCGCGCGAUAAGCAGGUUAUUACGGAUCCCACGAUUAUCAUUGACGUUGGGCCCAAGCCGCUACUGGCUCGAAUGAUUAGAAUGACGCUCGAUAAAGACAGCAGUUCUGCUUUAUCAGUACUGGGCCCUAACAUUGAUGUCUGGAAAAGUCUGCAUAAUGCCUUGAGCACCCUCUAUACUCGAGGGCUGGACAUUAACUGGGUCGCAUACCAUGAGCCAUUCGACUCCAGUAAGAAGGUAAUCGAGGUACCUGAUUACGGCUGGGAUUUGAAAGAUUACUUCAUUCCUUAUAAGGGAGAGUGGUGUCUGCAUCGCCAUGAAAUUCACUGCAGCUGUGCAACACCUGGUAAGGAAACUGCGACAAGCGACUAUCAAGUACCCACAGAUGAUUCAGUAUCAGUUAGGCGUGCUUCCAAACAAGACGAGACCAAGGAGGCAUACCCCGACAUUGCACUCACCACAACAGUGCACCGGGUCGUGGAAGAAAAGACCGAGCCGCUUGGAGCAACGCUAGUCGUGGAAACGGAUAUCUCACGCAAAGAUGUCAAUCAGAUAGCCCAGGGUCACCUAGUCGACGGAAUACCACUUUGUACUCCAUCAUUCUACGCUGAUAUUGCUCUGCAAGUAGGACGGUACUCGAUGAACCGCCUUCGUGCAAGUCACCCGGGCGCUAUGGAUGGCGUUGUAGACGUGGCCGACUUGGUCGUGGAUAAGGCUCUCAUUCCACAUGGCAAAGCACCCCAACUGCUUAGGACAAGGUUAACUAUGAGCUGGCCUCCAAAGGCUGCAGCUACAACCCGCUCAGCCAAAAUCAAGUUUGCUACAUACUUUGCCAACGGCAAAUUGGACACCGAACACGCGAGUUGCACCGUACGCUUCACAAGCGACGCACAGCUGAAGUCCUUGCAGAGAAGGGUCCCAGAAUAUAAGUCACAAAUGGAUCGACUACGAGAGGGUCUUCACCAAGGGCAAUUCGUUCGAUAUACCAGAAAGAGCGGUUACAAGCUAAUGAGUAGCAUGGCCAGUUUCCACCCUGACUACAAACUGCUCGACAAUCUGAUUCUGAAUGAGGUGGACAACGAAGCCGUGUCGACGAUGGAUUUUUCCGCUGCUAAGAGCGACGGAACGUUUGCUGUGCAUCCCGCCUACGUCGACGCCAUUACUCAGGUCGGUGGGUUCGCCAUGAACGCCAACGACAACACCGAUAUUCAACAGGAGGUUUUUGUGAACCAUGGCUGGGAUUCAUUCCAAGCUUACCAGCCUCUUGUUAAGGGUAAGGCCUACGAAGUAUAUUCCCGAAUGACAAAGGAUAAGUCUGGAGACCUGGUGCAUGGCGACACUAUUGUGUUGGAUGGCGAUGCGGUUGUUGCCUUCUUCAAGGGACUUUCGCUCCGUUGCGUUCCACGUCGGGGUCUUCGAAUGGUCCUCCAACAAGCUUCAGACAAAGCCGUUCGUGAACAUGGUGACAAGCCAACCGCUAAACUCCAGCCAUCUCAGCGUCCUGUUCCUACGCCUAGCCAUAUAGCGGCUACUCAAAGGGCGGCAGAACAAAUUUUACAAGCCACUGACUGCACAGCACCAUCCACUGGCUCAAACUUCAGGGAGUCAAAGCCUGUCAGAAACCAACCGCAACCAGAUGACGGCAAAGUUCAAGCGGUUCUGGGUGUCAUCUCCGAAGAAAGCGGUGUCGCUUUGGAAGAGCUUACCGACGACAGUAACUUUGCAGAUAUGGGUAUAGACUCCCUAGGCUCCAUGGUUAUUGGUAGUAGGUUGCGUGAAGACCUUGGCCUUGAGCUUGGUGCUGAGUUUUCCUUGUUUAUCGAUUGCCCUACUGUUAGGUCUCUCAAGACCUUCCUUUCGGAUCAAUCCACAGCGGAUGCUGAGGAUAUUGGAGAUAGCGAACAGCCUGUUGAGCAGGCAGCCAAGGAUCCCAAUUCCGCAUCACCAAAACUAGAUCUAUCCCACCAGUGCCUCCCGCUGGGAACCUGGGUAAAAGUUGGAAAUGCAGACAUUGACGUUCUUGGUAGCGGCGAUGAGGCUUUCAAUACCGCACUACAAAUCGUCGCGGAAGAAAGCGGAGUGGCAUUGGAAGAGCUAACUCGCGAUACGGUUUUUGCCGACAUCGGUAUUGAUUCCCUGAGCUCCAUGGUCAUCACGAGUCGGUUCCGCGAGGACCUUGGGAUGUCCCUAGACUCAUCAUUCAACCUGUUUGAGGAAGUGCCAACAGUUGAACGCCUACGGCAGUUCUUUGGUGGAAUAAACAGAAGUACUACUGGCUCUUCGUCUAGCUCGAAAGACGAUGAAAGUGGCAGCAGUAUCUCCUCGGCGCCAGAUGAUCAUGAAGCUGAAGCAAAUGCCUCGCGAAAGCGGGUUCAUGAAUGCCGUCCAACUACUUCGGUGAUUCUUCAAGGUUUACCACGGAUGGCCAGACAGAUCCUGUUCAUGCUUCCUGAUGGCGGUGGCUCAGCCUCGUCCUACAUCACCAUCCCUCGUCUUCAUUCCGAUGUGGCUAUCGUCGGGUUGAACUGUCCGUACGCGCGUGAUCCAGAGAACAUGAACUGCACCCACCAGGCCAUGAUCCAAAGUUUCUGCAAUGAGAUCAAACGCCGCCAGCCGCGCGGCCCGUACCAUGUCGGCGGCUGGUCAUCUGGUGGCGCAUUCGCCUACGUGACUGCGGAAGCUCUUGUUAAUAUGGGCGAAGAGGUUCAUUCGAUCAUCAUCAUAGAUGCGCCCGUACCUCAAGUGAUGGAGAAACUACCUACGUCUUUCUAUGAAUACUGCAACAACAUCGGCCUCUUUGCCAAUCAGCCUGGUGGUGCGCCCGAUGGCACGACUCAGCCUCCAGCGUAUUUGAUUCCACAUUUCCAAGCAACCGUCGAUGUGAUGCUUGACUACAAGGUGGCACCGCUGAAUACCACGCGUAUGCCCAAGGUUGGUAUAAUAUGGGCCGCCGAAACUGUGAUGGAGGAAGAUGCCGCGCCGAGGAUGAAGGGCAUGCACUUCAUGGUACAAAAGCGGACGGACUUUGGACCUGAUGGCUGGGACACGGUCUGUCCGGGGGCCGAGUUCGAUAUUAUUCGCGCCGAGGGUGCGAACCACUUCACGUUAAUGACGAAGGAACAUGUUUAUUUGGUAAGGGAGCUAAUUGAUCGGAUUAUGGGUUGAUUCCUGUGUCGAGAUAUACACAACUAUCAUGAUUACAGUAAAUUGCAAAUGAAUAUUGGCAUUUGUUCUUCCCGUAGUGUAUUGGCCUAAUUCC